GUCUCAAGGCUCAAGUUUAAAAUUUAUGAAGACUAAUCAUAUUCAAUUUCUUAACUUUGAAUUAUUAUCAAACUAAUAAAUUAAUAGAUUUAUUGCAAAUAACAAAUUCUCCAAUUUCGUGUGUACUUUGAUCCCUUUUGCAAGCAACGAAUUAUAUUUUAGCAGAAUUAUUAGGAUUGCAUCUAUUAAAACUGUUUUUAAUUUUUGUAGGUUGAAGUAUAAUUGAAGAUCAGAACAUUUUUGAGUUUAUUAUGAUGUUCAAAAAUAUUUUUAGGUCAGCAAAUCUAAUUUCCCACUUUAAUAGAGGAAAUAAUUUAUUAGUGAGAACUGUGAAAAUGUCUUCAGCUACGAACUCAUACCAGACUUUGAAUGUCACAGUUCCAAAAGAAUUUUUAUAUCAUGUUGAACUCAACCGGCCAAAUAAUUUGAAUGCCAUGAAUGAUACAUUAUGGAUGGAGAUAAAGAACUGUUUCCAAACUUUAGGCCAUGAUGAAAAUUGUAGGGUAAUUGUUCUGUCCGGUGCUGGAAAGAUUUUUUGCGCAGGUUUAGAUUUCUUGGAGGCAUCACAAAUGGGGGAAAAGUUGGCUGAUCAUGAAGAUAUAGCUAGACGAGCUAAAAUUUUGAAAGAGCAGAUCGUACGAUAUCAAGAAUGUAUGACAUCAUUGGAAUUAUGUAGGAAACCUGUUCUAGCUGCAGUACAUUCUGCUUGUGUAGGGGCAGGUGUCGAUAUGAUAACUGCUGCAGAUAUGAGAUAUUGUACACAAGAUGCUUGGUUCCAGGUUAAAGAGGUAGAUAUUGGAAUGGCAGCUGAUGUUGGAACACUUCAGAGGUUACCGAAAGUAAUAGGUAACGACAGUUUGGCAAGAGAGUUAUGUUAUACAGCUCGAAAACUUAAAUCUGAAGAAGCUGCAUCAAUUGGACUUGUUUCAAAAGUGUUUCCAGAUAAGGAGAGUAUGAUGCAGGGUGUUAUGACAAUAGCAGCUACAAUUGCUAGCAAAAGUCCAGUAGCUGUUCAGAUAACGAAGGAGAAUUUGAUUCAUUCUAGAGAUCACACUGUUCAGGAGGGUUUAGAUCAUAUUGCUUCUUACAACCAAAUGGCCUUACAAAGUGAAGAUUUUAUAAAUGCUACAGUUGCAGCAGCAACCAAAGAAAAGAAUGUACUUUUUGCAAAACUGUAAAAUUAAGCUCAAAAGUUACUGUUAAGAAUAUUUCAUGCUGUUUUAUAUUUAUAUAUUAUAUGAAUGUUUAAAUCAAUAAACAUAUAUUUUCUUGA